UGUUGAUGCAACACCAACUUUGAGCACCAACAUGCUUCGCCUUCCGGCUCCGGUAGGCGCUGCCGUUGUGGUUGGCAUGGGAAUCGCUUGGUAUGCGGCUUACACUCUACCUGUGCAAUUUUCGUGUGUGUUUGCUGCGUCGGCGUUUGCAUGCAUUGAGUUUACAUGGUAUGCCAACACCACCGAGUUGGAAAACGGAGACCUGAGGUUCACCCCGUUCCAACCAACGUGCCGCGCGGGCCACACAACAUGGGCGCAGUUUUGGGCCAAUGUGGUGUAUACACCGGUGCUAUUGUAUGCGUACCGUGCAGUCGUGCCGUCGGCAGUCCUUCGCGUCCUCUUAUUCCCGUGCAACAUUUGGCUCUUGGAGAUACUGGAAGGGUACACUCUCAUGCUUCUCUUUGGCCGGAACAUCGCGUGGACGUACACAACGAGCGAUGCAUAUUGCCACGGCAACAUCCGCCUCGGGUUCUGGAAGCUCUGGCUGGUCUUGGGCCUCGUGUUAGAAUGCGGCGGGUAUCGAGCGUUAGAUGCACUGGGCCAAGUGUGUGCUUCAACUCUGCCUCUAGAAGGUGUAGUACUUGGCUUUGGUGUUGCUACAGUCAUGUGCAAGUAGUGCCGUAGGCAAUAUACUAAUACGUUUAACUUUUCCGAAUUACUAGUAUUAAUGAUAGUAAAGAAACUGGAUUCUACCACCA